ACUAAUUGCCAGCAGCCCAUUGAAAGUUUGACUCUGCUGAUCCUUAUCAAACACAGAGGUUUUUGUCUCCUUCAGGUCCUUCAGUCUCUGCAGUACAUCGACAGCAGUGGAGCCGUGCAGCUCAAAGGCCGAGUAGCUUGUCAGAUCAGCAGCCACGAGCUGCUGCUUACCGAGCUGCUGUUCGAGAACGUCCUGAGUCCGCUGGCACCGGAGGAGAGUGCCGCCCUGCUGUCCUGUUUGGUCUUUACUCAGAACACACAAGUGGAGCCGCACAUCACUAACACGCUGCAGGAGGGCAUUGAUAAGGUAUUGUCAGUCGCCAAGCGAAUCGGGGAGCUGCAGCGGGAGUGUGAAAUACCUCAGACCGCUGAGGAGUUUGUGGGCCAGUUCAAGUUUGGUCUGACGGAGGUGGUGUACUGCUGGGCCAGAGGCAUGCCCUUCGCAGAGAUCGCCCAGCUGACUGACGUCCAGGAGGGGACGGUGGUCCGCUGCAUCCAGCGCCUGGACGAGGUGCUGAAGGAGGUGCGUCAGGCCGCCCGCAUCGUGGGAGACUCCGUCCUGGGCAGCAAGAUGGAGAAGGCGUCCCUGUCCAUCCGCAGGGACAUCGUCUUCACCGCCUCCCUCUACACCCACUGAAGUGUUUCUUUGUGUGCAAAGUGUGAGACAAAUGGAGGAGCAUCUGGGGAAGGUUGGAGGUGUGAUGUUUACAUGAAGAAGGGACUGAUUUUAACCAACAGACCAAAUGAACAUGGAAAAUGUGGAUUGUAAUUUAUUGUACAGUAAUAAAAUCUGUAUUCAGAAA